AUGGCCGAAGCCGCCGGUCUUGUCUUGGGGAUGAUGGGCCUCUGGCAAAACUGCGUCGGCGUCUUCGAUGUAAUCGAUUCUACCCGCCGCUAUGGCAUGGACUACGAGCUGCUCUGCGUGGAGCUCGAGGUCGAGCGGGUGCGACUCCUAUGCUGGGGCGAUGCUGUUGGGCUCAGCAACGCCAGUGCUGCUUCCCCAGCUCCUCCCGAUGCGCGUUUCACUCGCGCCGAGGUCCGGACUACGGUCAUCCGUCUCCUGGGCGCCAUGCAGCAGGUCUUCGAGGAUUCGGACCGGCUGCAGGAAGUCUAUGGCUUGCGGUCCUACAGUGGCGGAGAGUUGGGGGCUGGGAAUGAGAUCCAGAUCUCGCAGAGCCAGCUCAUUCUAGGUGAGGUGUUUAAGAGAGCGUAUCAGAAUUUACGCCAGAUGGCGAAGGAUCGACAGCGUGAGACUGUGCUGGCAAGGAAGACACUCUGGGCUGUUCAUGAUAGGAAGAAGUUUGAGGAGUUGGUGAAGGAGGUGGGGGGGUUUAAUGAUAGUCUGGAGAGUCUGUUUCCGGAUGCGAAGAGGAGGGCGGCGGAGGAGAUGAGGGUGGAGGUUGAGGAGAGUGUAGAGAUUGGGGAGCUAAGGCUGCUGCAGGAGGCGAUGUCCGGUGGUCAUGAGGAGUUGAGUGAGGUUGCUAGUGUACGAUUGGAAGCACUGGGUGCUACGGUUUCGGCUAGGACGGAGCUGUUGAGCCAGACGGAGGAUCAGAGGGAUGCGUUGACUGUGACUGGCGCUGGUGAUGACGAUGUCGAAGAAGUGCCUAGAGAGGGGAUGGAAGGAGGCCAGGCUGCUCUGAGAGAAGAUGAGCCAGUACGGGGGGCAUUGACACUCAGCAUCAUCGGCCCUUAUAGUCAUACGGAGCACGUGUCUGCUCACGUCUACUGGGACCAAGACAAGAGGGGCGAUUCCUUCUCACGGAGAUGGGACGACAGAGACAAGGGGUUUGUCCCCAUGCCGCACGCCUCCUUUGAGCUGUAUCGAAAGAAGAAAUACAUGAAGAAGCGAUACAGAAACGGAGAAAACUACGAUAUCCUUGAUUCUGAGGACUAUACGCUCCUCAAUGCUGAGGCGCAACCGAAAUAUGAAAAUGUUAACCCUGGGACGGUGACGGUUGAGGGAUUUGGCAUCGAGUGCUGGGACUUUGAGAUGACGAAACCCCGGAGCAAGACAAUAAUGGUUAAUCAUUCGGCGAUGCCCAAUGUGCCUGCUGCCAAGCUGCUACGUAGGUUGGAUGAACUGCGGAGAGGAGGCGAUAGGCUGGGCUGGAGUCUGGACGAGGAUGAACUUGAUAUCAAAGAAUUUGUUGGCACUUUGGGAAUUGUGUAUUACGACCAGAAAUAUGCGAAAGACCCAAAGCGUUGGGUUGGAGACUUGUACAGCGUGCUCAACCGUACCGAUAUAUUCGCCGACUUCACUGCUGAGUCUAGUGUUGGUUUACAGUGGGCAGGUCCGAAAGAGAACGACAGCAUCGGAUUCUGGAACUUCUUGUGGCAGAUCAUUAUUGCGAAAGAACUGGCACGGCGCCUAGAUUCCAGUGAAGGGAAUGGCUACACGGGCUUCACUGCGAGGAUUUUGCCCAGCAUGAUCGUCUCAGACCUGUGGUUGACAAAUGUCGGCAUCGUCCUCACUGACGCGAAACUAAACACAGCAGAUAUCAAGAAGCCCGAGACCGAUGCCGAGAAGGCGAAAGCAGAGGAGUUCAAGAACAAGGGCAAUGCUGCAUUGCAGAAGAAACAGUAUCAAGAAGCCGUCGACUUCUACACGGAAGCUAUCAAGAUCGACCUCGGAAAUCCAGUUUACCGAUGCAAUAGAUCAGCGGCGUCAUUUUCGAAUGACAAGUUUGAGGGAGCGGAAGAAGAUGCUUAUGUUUUAACCCAACUCGAUCCGAAAUACGCAAAAGCAUGGUCUCGUUGGGGAGCUGCGCGGCUCAAACUGGGAAGCUUCAAGCGAGCAAAGAAAGCGUAUCAGAGAGCUAUUGCUGUCGCUGGCAAAGACGCUACCGACCAGAUGCGACAGGGACUCAAGGAUACCCAGGCCAAACUCGAGGAAGCUGCUAAGGAGAUCAAGAACGAGAAAAACAGGGAGAAGCAGCAUGACUUGCGUUCGACGUAUCUGGAUCAUGACUGGGAUAUUGUGGGUAAAAAGGUAGAGCUUCACACUUCUGUGCAUGAGCGGCAGGUUGAGGGACUCCUCUUCUUCGCUGAAAAGAUAAAAUGGCCGUACAUCAAUGAGGUGCGUGACUAUGCUGAAGGCGUGUACACGAAUCUGCGAGGUGGGGAGAACAUCAACAUCCAUCUCCACGACUGGCUAUACGGCAUCAUGCUACCUGGGAAAUGGUUCGCGUUCAAGAUCAUGACGGCACUGAUCUUGUGCACACGCUCUGUUCGAGAUAUCAGCAUUGCGCAUUAUUACGAGUGCGGGCUGUCACUCCCCAAACGAUCCUAUUGGCGCAGUAGGACCGUUCUAGGCCGAGUACUGGGUUGCUUGCCCGGCGUGAUCUCCCUCUGUGGAUGGCUUGGACCUUGUCCACCCGUCGAAUUCGAAGGCCCUACGUCUACGUCCCCUUCUCUGGAAAACAAGAAACCAAAACACAUCCGCAUCCGCACCCGCCGUCUCGCGCCGCACGAACACAAACCUGACGAGGACGGUGUAGUCAUCUACGCAGGUUCCUAUCAUGACAAAUAUGAGGCGACGCGCAUCCGCCCUGACGAGGAAAUGGAGCCUUACCUCGAGGAUAUGCAGGACUCGAGCCGGUGGAUCAUCCCUGAGCCUCCUGUAAGGCAGAUCAGUACAUGUGAACUCGUCUCCAUUAAACUUAAAACACUACCUCUCGAACUUGCGUCGCAACCGCAAUCCGGACGACCAGACGCCGAGGCAGAGCGAGAAGUCGAAAACGAGACUCAAUAUCGUGCUUCCAUUGUUUUCAAACUCGAUUCCAGCGCAGAGCCUGUUACGUAUAAGUUAUUCACAAACCCGGUAUUUGUGACGCUGCCGCCGUGUAGGCCGGGACCGAGGGGUCAGCAUGAGGUACAUAUGAGGGAGCUGCCGAGGUACCAGACCAAUAUUUGGACGGUGGAGAUGUUGAAGGAUCAUACGGCCGAGGAUAAUGAGGGUGAUGAGAAGGGGGUCAUGACUAUUAAUGCUACCGGCAAAGGUGGUGAGUUUAAUGCGGUGAUACGUAGGCAGGGGGGGCCGUGUUUUAUUUGUGCUGUGAGGGCGGCGGGCGUGGCGAGCUUGGGGACGGGGGUUUUGAUUUGGUUAGAGUAG